AUGCUGGUAUCUGUAAAGGUCACACUUCUGCUACUAAUUUUAGUGCUGUCUGAAGGAAAGCUCUCAAAUGCAUAUUCCCCGGAAGGUCCAAAAAUGGCAGCUGGAGGAUGCAAUGCAGCUUCAAUUGGAGAGCCAUUAGCAGCAGAUGGUUCGCAGAAUCGAAGUGGUUUGAGAAAAUCUGCUUUGGGAGGACGCAAAAUCAGGCUAGAGAAGGUGAAUGGAUGUGGCCAAUAUCAAGAAACUCGUGUAACAUCAUCAAGGGCAAGUGUUGAAGAGCAAAGGCAGAUGUCUGUCAACGUUGUCAAAGGUAAGCUAAGGAUGAGAAGCCUCCUCUCGGAAAAGAAGAAGUUGGGUGGAUUUGGAGCUUUCACUGCUGAUUAUAGGGGACCGAUGCACCAUCCUCCUAGAAACAACUGAGCAUUCUAAGGAAGAUGUCCACUUAAUCUUGACCUUUUUACGGUUAACAGACAAAAAAUGUAUCCAUCAUUUUUGUUUUCUGCAGUAACUUUCUUUUUGCCAUUAGUGAGUGAUUUAGCUACUAUUAAUGAAUUACCUUUCUGAUGUUCUUUUCGU